AUGGGAUACUUCAUCCUGGUACCUGGAUACUUCAGAUCAUUACUAUACCUGGUAGGAUACUUCAUAUCAUUACUAUACCUGGUAGGAUACUUCAGAUCAUUACUAUACCUGGGGAGUUCUCAUCCAAAGCCGUUCCCAGGAGACAUCCUGGAGUUUCCUCGGAAUAAAUACUUCUCUCAUUUCGGAAUUUACUACGGAGAGAGAGAUGGAGUGCCCUACGUAGCACACCUCACCUGCAGAGACUCGGAGACGAAGCUCCUGCUUUUUGGUCGAGCCCUGAAGUCAGAGGUCAAACUGGACCCAGUGGAGGUGGUGGGACAGAGAUACAAGGUGAGGAACAUGCUGGAUGAGAUCCAUCCUCCCAGGGACUUCUACACUGUGGUGAAGCCUGCUAUAGACGAUAUGAUGGGUAAGGAUAUCACCUUCGACAUCUUGUUCCACAACUCUGAACACCAGGCCACGCUCUUCAGAUAUGGACUCAAGAAGUCUACACAGAUUGAGAAGGUCUACAUCCAGAUCCUGCCCACCUGGAAGGAACUGUUUAAGAAGAGGAAGUUGUAACAAUGACUACAACAGCGGCUGUGUUCUAGAACUCUGCCUACAGUCUGAUGCCCCCCUCCCCCCCUCUCCCUGGACCUCAUGCUGGGCCAUCACCUUUCUUACACCAGUACAUUAAUUUUAAAUCCUCGAGGGAGAAUCACCUGUCGUUCUACUCCUCACCAGCAGAGGAAACCAAAACAAGUACCAUCCUGAAGUCUGGCCAACUUACGCUCUGUUUUGCUCCACUGCGGUGAGGAUGGUGUGGAUCAGCCUAAGGAUUCCUGCUAAUGAGGAACAAGGAGAAUCAUAGCAGAUUGGAAUGUAUAGUUAAAAUAGUAUUUAACUCCAGUGUAGUGUACAACUCCAGUGUAGUGUAUAACUUCAGUGUAGUAUAUAAUAACUCCAGUGUAGUGCAUAACUCCAGUGUAGUGUAUAACUCCAGUGUAGUGUAUAACUCCAGUGUAGUGUAUAACUCCAGUGUAGUAUAUAAUAACUCCAGUAU